AUGGUAUUGUACCCCACCGCUGACGAGAUCCGACAGCGACAAGAGAAGGUCGCAUCAGCCAGAGCCUCCCUUCAGUCUAUGGCCGGUCAGCAAGGCCAAUCCUCCCAACAACGCGAUCGAUAUCUCUCGCCGAACCAACAGGAUCUUCUCCUCGCCGCACUGACCUCCCAAGCGGGCAAGAACACGCAGACUUCCGAACAGGUUGGGGACGAACGAUUUGGAAAUCCAGCAAAAUCCGAGCCAGCCGCAACGAUGACCAACACCAAUGGCAACGGGCUCUACAUGAGCCCGCAGCAAGCCGAGCUUGACAGCUUCAACGCGGACUACACUCCAGACCUCGACUACCUCGACGGCGACAAUUUCGACUUUGAAGAUGCCGAUCUUGGUGGAGAGAUGAUUGGCGCUCUCCCAAGCGAGCUUCACGAGAAGAGGAAGAUGUCGGAAGACGACGGAGAUGAAGAGGAAGGUGACGCCAAGCGACAAGAGACCCAGGAAGGAGAGAAGAGCGCAAAGAAGCCUGGUCGGAAGCCUCUAACGAACGAGCCGACGACUAAAAGAAAGGCCCAAAAUCGAGCCGCUCAACGUGCAUUCCGCGAGCGCAAGGAGAAGCACCUCAAAGACCUCGAGACCACGGUCACUGACCUCACCAAAGCGAAGGAAGCUGAUAAGCAUGAGAACGGCCUGCUCAAAGCUCAAAUUGAGCGUCUUCAAAUCGAGCUGCGAGAAUACCGGAAGCGCCUGACAUUGAAUGGCGGAUCCGGCGCCAACCGUUCUCCUCCGCUCUCCGGUACUGGCGCUCCAGGAAGGACCAACAGCGGGUCUCCAAAUUAUGGUGGUAGCGCUUUCAGCUUUGACUUUCCCAAGUUUGGCGCUCUCCCGGGCAGCCAGAUCUUUGGCAACCAGAGCUACAACAACUCGAGCGGUAGUCUUGCACAGCGUGAUAGUGUCACGCCGCCAAUUACUCAGUCUCCUAGCAACAAUGGAAGCUUCAGCGGCCCUUCAAACCGUCAGCAGUCGCAAGCACAGUCCCAAUCGCAGUCGAGAUCUGGCAGCACGGGUCGUAGCAUGAGCCCACGGAGCGCAUCUGCCUCCAACCAUGCCAGUCCUUCGUCGCAGCCCGGAAACAUCAAUCCCGCCUUUACUACUUACAGCACCAACAACAACAUGCACGGAUUUGCCAGCACUCUUCCUCAGAUGAACGGCAAUGGGAACGAUCCGUUUGGCGACCUUUUCAGCCCAAGCAUUUUGAAGACGUCGAGUGUUGACAGCAAUGGCAAUUACUUCAACAACACUCCACAGACGAAUGGAUCAGCCAAGGUGGACAACUCUGGCGGUGGUGAGACGAUAGCCGGCCUCAACCGAGUCUUCCAAUUCAACAGCAACGGCAGCACGAGCGAUAGUGCUUCGCCAAGCGCAAGCUCUGCAAGUCAGUGGAACGCCAACGCCAACAGCUCCUGCGACACUUCGCCUGAGCCAUCCCACGAUAGCCCCGCCAACAAAUCCAAGGGCGCAGACACGUUCUACGACCAGAACGACGUGUCCAAGAAUGGGUCUGGACAGCUCAACACCAAUCAAUCCUUCAACAACCAGCAGUUUGGUGACGGCGCCUACAAUAUGCCAUCACUCGACACCUUUGAUCCAGUGCUCUUUGGCGGCUACAGAGAGGACCAAGAUCCUCUCCUCAACGGCGGUGAUUUCACUGGAGGCUUCUUCGACGAAGCACUGAACCCCGCUCCUUUCGAUUUGGGAUCUCCCAGUAACCUCUUCGGCAUUCUGCAGUCCCCGCAGCAGACGAACUCAUCGCUCAAUGCUCCCAGCGGCGCCGCGAAUGCGCCAACACCCAGUAGGAACCUCAUGGCUGAGAUGGACAAGGCGAGGGACGGUGGAGAUGAUGACUACGGGCUUCCCGGCUGUGCGGGCAGUAGUCCUGCUCCCAGCAAGGCGACCGACAGUGGCAAGCUCAUUAGCUGCAACAACAUUUGGAACCAACUCCAAUCCAACCCCGACUUUCAAGAAGGCAAAUUCGACCUCGACGGCCUGUGCUCCGAACUGCGCGCCAAAGCCCGCUGCUCCGAGUCAGGCGUCAUGGUCGACCAGCAGCAUGUGGACGCCGCUCUGCGCAAGCUGGGCAAGAAGGAUGAUAAGACCGGCCAGAGCUUUGAGGCUCCAGCAGGGCUCAUGUUUGAGCAGGAGAGCUGGGAUAACGUGCUGAAGAGGCUUGGUGGUAGCGGCUAG